CACCGGUAAACAAGCUACCAAUCAUGGUUGUAUUUUAUUUUGUGUAAGCAUUCAGAAUGGAUUUACAACGCUUCAAAUUUGACAUACAUGUCUACAGUUUUUUCUUGGUUAUAUCCUUAUUAAAGAUAUCUGAUGCGGUUUUUAGAUUUCAUUGUCCUGUUCAGGCACACUGGAAACAUAGAGCAGAAACAUUUUGUGAUGUUGGCAAGAGUUACUUUUGCUUGUAUGACAUAAAUGAAAAGAAUUCUACUGAAUUUUGUAGAGAUACAGAAGAUUUUGAUGCACCAGGACACAAACUUAUAGUUGCUGGGUCAUCGAAAGGAACACUGCAAGGAACUGAUUGUGAUAGUAAUUUCUACCAACCUUUUAAAUUCCUGUCGUCUGGAAACAGUCAUUGCGUUUAUAAAAAAUCUGACUGCAGUGAGGAAGGACAAGUUGUUUAUAGUAAUGGAACAGAGAAAAAUGAUAGAUCCUGCCGUUGUGACUAUACGAGAGGUUAUGAUUUUAUAACACAACCAAAUCAUCGAUGUUUGUGUGUACCAUCUAAAGAAGAUUGUUCCUGUUAUCAUAAGAAAUGUCCGACUAAAAACAUUUUAUCACCAGAUUAUGAGUGUCUUAAUGAGAACGAGUGGAAACUCAGCUUUAACUGUGAUUCAAUAUCAACAGUUGUGUUAUCUAAAGAUCCUAAAAUAUCAUUAUCGACAGACAAUUUGUCGUUGGACUAUCAUGUAAUAGCAUAUAGAAAGACUGCAUAUGUUGCAGUAUUGGUAAUGUGGAUGAGUAUGCUGUCAGUACCAAUAAUACUUUUGGCGCUGCCUGUUCUGCAAGAUUGUUUUUACAGACGCACAGAUUUCGAGACAAUUCCAUUACAGGACGUUGAAGAAAAAAUUGCUUCUCUUAUAGCCAAUGAAAAGUCCAGUUUGGAAAAACAAAUUGAGGCAAAUGAUGUUGAAAAACAGAAAUUAAAGGACAAAAUAAGCAAACUCGAAGAAAAUGUUCCACACCAUGUACUAGAAUUACAAAAGGAAAUACUUCAACAUUGGUCCAAUGUUCUUAAUAAAUUUGUUUUAACAAAAGCCGCCAAAUUCCUAUAUCGGCGCAUUCAGACAGAAAACGUAAUUGCUAUUAUAGGACCAACAGGGACGGGUAAAUCAGCGUAUGCUUAUCACAUAGCAUUUAAAUUAAAGAACGAAUAUGGUUAUACAAUUUUGCCUGCAAGACAGUCAUCAGAUAUUAUACAGUAUUAUUUACCAGGUACAAACCAAGUAUUCGUCAUUGAUGAUUUUAUCGGGAAAUAUGCUUUCGAUGAGGCUGAAACAGUUUCAUGGGAAAAAAGUGGUCCAUUACUGCAGAAGAUUUUGAGGAAUAACGAUAAAACUAAAGUAAUACUAACGUGUAGAAAGUCUAUUUGGCAACCUGAAAAAUAUGAACGCUUUGGAUUUUCAGCACUCGUAUGCGAUUUACUUACAGAUGAGUUGAGAUUAACUCUGUUGGAAAAACGAAAAAUCGUUGAGGCAUACAUCGACAAAAGUGACGUUGUGGCGUUAAUUGACGAAAUUAUAAUGAUGUAUACAUUUCUUCCCUCUUUAUGUUCAAUCUUUUCAUCGACAAAUGUUGUUACUGUUCAAACCUUUUUUACCUUACCUUUUCAAUUCCUGGAAGAGGAAAUAGAAAACUACAAGGAGAAAUCACAAUUACGUUAUAUCACUUUAGCUGUGCUUGCUAUCAAACAACAAAUAGCUAAAAAAUCAUGUUUUGAUGAUAUUGAAAAUGAAGAGUUGAUAAAUAACUUGUUUGGAGAAUCUGGAUUUCGAAUACGUCCAUCUAAAAAACUUAUAAUAAGCAGUCUCGAGGCUAUGACAGACACAUACGUAAAGGCUAACAAUGACUUUUUCGAAUUUAUCCAUCAGACUAUGCAAAAUAUAGUUCUUUACUGCAUUUCAAAAACAUUGAUAAACUCGGUACUUAAGUUCAGUAAAACUGAUGUUAUUAAGAACCAGGUAAGAUUAGCUUGUAUCAGAGAAGAACAGACCGUUCCUGUUAUUAAAGUUACAUCGGAACACGAAGAUGCUUAUUUUACACGUCUCAUGCAAGACCUUAGAAAAGGACUGUAUGUGGAUGUUUUUGAAAAUAAUCAAAAUGAAUUUGAAACAUUUAGACAGAAAUUGUGCAUAUAUAUAAACAAACAUAAACAGGAAAUACAUUUGAAGACUAACUCAAAUGGUUUGACUGUCCUUCACGUUGUUUCAUUGUUUGGAUACGAUGAUUUUGUUUCUUUGUUUAUAAACAUUGACAAACGAAUGAUCCAUAUGUCAGAUGGAAAUGGAAACACACCUUUGCACUUAGCCGCUUAUAAUGGUUAUCCUAAUAUAGUUAAGUUACUUGUUGAAGCGGGACGAAACGUUCAUCUUUUAAACAACGAACAAUUAUCACCUUUUUUCAUUGCAUGUGAAAAAAAUUCAAUUCCCGUUGUGAAUUAUUUGAUUAAUUUGAAAGAUGACUUGGUCAAGAUCAAUGAAACGUAUAUGCUAAGGGAAUACAAAAGUGUUCUUCAUAUAGCAUGUUUGAAAGGGUUUGAAAGACUAACAAAAAUACUGCUGGACCAUCAUGCUUCUAUUGACAUACAAGAUGCAAGUGGAUUUACACCGUUACAUUUGGCAUGCUUUAAUGGGCAAUUUGAUACAGCUUUUCUGUUACUAAAAGCAGGAGCCAAUAUCAAUGCAGUGGACACAUUGGAACAGACGCCUGUUUUUUAUGCAUGUACUGGAAAUUAUAAAAAUAUUGUUGAACUUCUUAUUGAAUAUAAAGCAGAUAUUAAUCAAAUCACAUCAACCGGUUUACUACCUUUGCAUGCGGCCUGUGAGAACGGAAAUAUAGAAAUAGUAAAUAUUUUGAUAAAAAAUCUUUCUAACAUAAAUGUUAAGGAGAAAACAGUCGAGUCACCUCUUCAUAUAGCGUGUAGACAAGGGAAUGAACGUAUAGUAAAUUUGUUGAUUGACCAGAGUGCUUCGGUCAAUUCAAAAACUAAGGAUAUGUUGACGCCAUUGCACGUAGCUUGCAAUAACGGGCAUCUGAAUGUUGCUGAUAUUCUGUUAAAGAAGAAUGCCAACUACAAAAAGAAAAAUAUAAAAGGAUGGACGGCUCUUUUUUUCAGCUGUGACAAAGGUUACAAUGAUAUUGUAAAGAUGCUACUGAAUUUAGAGACUGAUGUAAAUAUUUCGAAUAAAGAUGGAGUUACGCCCCUAAUGUUAGCCUGCAAAGGAAAUAUAAAUGUGGUUGAGACACUUCUGGUUUCAAAGGCAGAUGUGAUGCAAUGUGAUAAUGACAAGUGUUCCCCUUUAGAGUAUGCCUGCACCGCUGGAAAUGUGGAUAUAGUCAAUUUAUUACUCGAACAUGGUGUCAAUAUCAACUUGGCGAAUAAAAAUGGAAUUACCCCUAUUCAUGUCGCUUGUAUGAACGAUCGUGCACACGUUGUUAACUCGCUGAUUGAGCAUAAAGCUGAUAUUAAUUUAUUAGACAUUAUUGGUGAAACUCCUCUUUACAAAUCCUGCUUCAGCGGAAAUAUUGAAAUAGUAACGAUGUUGCUCAAUAAUGGGGCAACAAUCAAAAUAAGCGAUACUUCUGGAAAGUCUCCUGCAGCCAUUGCGAAGGCAAAAGGUUUCAGUAGUAUUAUCGAGCUUUUGGAAAAAGACCAGACCUGAUCAAGUCACUGCAAAGGAAAAAUGGUUCCGUAGUAUUGUCGAGAUUUUGAACACAGAAAAAUCUGAUCAAGAUCCAUAUAUUCCUUACAUUGCAUAAGCUGUUUUAAUUGUAUUACCGAUGUACAUAUUUUAAAAAGAAACACCAGUUUCUGUUAGUUCUUUUAAUUUCAACUAAAGGUGUAAAUGCAGUAACGUCUUGGUUAAGCAUUUUUUUUAUGGGAAAUAAUACAUUUUGAGUCAAACUUAUAUUUCCAGUGAACAGAAUAUUGUAAUUAAUGAAAUAUACAUAAUAUUCAACAGAAAUACGUUUUCUUUCGAAAGUGAAUGUCGAACCUGGUAUGAAUAAUGUGGUUCUUGCUUGUGUCGUUUUAUUGUUUAGUAGAAAUGUACGCUUAAAAGGUUAAAUUAACUAUUAUUAAAUACUGAUGAAAUAAA